AUGUCGGACAAUAUUAAGACUCUAUCAAGGAACAUAGCAAAACUCCCAGUCAGGAAAUUUUAUUUUUCUCCACUGGCCUCGAAGGUGGUCCGUAAUUUGGAGUCGCCGUAAACUCUGGGCGGCGGAGGCUGGACCAGACUCGAGUUCCCUCCUCCCGCACCAAAGGGAGCCGCCACCGCCUGGUGUCUAAACCGCCGCGGGGAAAGGGUUACAUCCGGGAAACUC